GCAUAGAUGCCAAUUAGUCCAAGGAGUGGUUGUGCAUUCUACCUCAUGGGAGACUUGAUGCAUUGCCUAUGGUAUUUUAUGUAUUUUAUACAUCCCUUGAUUGACCAUAAGUCCGCUCCUUCCUAGUCUGCCUAGCGCCUGCCUAAAAUUAAUUUCCAACGAGAAACAGGGAAGAACAAUGGCCGGAGGAGGAGGCGUAUUCCUGUCUUCCAUGUUCACCACGAUGGUAGCCAAGCUACAUGGCUUGGCUUCACCGUCAGCAUCAUCUUCUUCUUCGUCGCCACACAACAAUAUUGAACAAGAGAUGAGUAAGCUGACAGAGACGAUGAGGAGAAUCCAAGCCAAACUUGCUGACUCAGAGUCAGAGGAGGAGAAUCAUGCAAAAAGUCACUCGGAGAAGCUUUGGCUUAGCGAGCUCAAAGAUGUUGCCUAUGAUGCCGAAGACGUAGUAGAAGAGUACGAGUACGAGGUGUUGCGUUCCAAACAAUUGCAUGAGAACAACAGCGGGGCACAUGAGGAUGAACUAGCAAAUAAAGCCGCAGAGAUAAGGAAAAGGUUUGAUGAGAUCACCAAGGAGUGGAAACUCCUAAAGUUGCCUAAGAACACUGGAAAAAGAAAGAGAAACCCCAUGCUCUUAGAUAUGAACCGAGAAACAGGCUCUUUAGUGGUUGAAUCAGAUGUUCUUGGAAGAGAAGAGGAAAAGUAUAUGUUGGUUAAAUGGCUCCUGUCAGAGGAUGAUACAUCAGUGAAUAAAGUUUCUGUAAUUGCUGUAAUUGGGAUGGGGGGACUGGGUAAAACAACACUGGCUCAGCUUGUCUAUAAUGAUCAAAGAGUGAAAAGCUAUUUCGAUUUAACAGGAUGGGUCUGUGUAUCUGAAAAUUUUCAUGUUGUUAGUUUGACAGAGAAGAUUCUAGAAUCAUUUACAAAAGUGGAAGUUCAUAAAGAACUUGAUGGGCUCCAACAUGCACUACAAGAGAAACUGCAGGGAAAAAGGUUUUUGUUGAUAUUAGAUGACGUUUGGAAUGAAGAAUUCACUCUCUGGGAUGAAUUAAGAAAGCCCUUAGUAUCAGCUCAAGUGAGUAAAGUUAUAGUGACCACUAGAAAUCAUCGAGUUGCUGGAAUUAUGGGGACAAGAAGUCCUCUUGACUUGAAGUGCUUAUCAUUUGAUGUAUGCUGGCAAUUGUUCAAGAGAGUCACUUUGGAAGGAGCAUAUAAGAGACUACAACCACAUCUUGAAGAACUUGGUAGGAAGAUAGUAGACAAGUGCAAAGGCUUACCUUUGGCUGUGAAAGUGCUAGGAGGUGCUCUCAGAAACAACGAAGAUAUAGAUUCAUGGGAGAAGAUACUAGAGAAUGAGAUGUGGGAAUUAGAAGAAACAAAUAAUGGAGUUUUACCAGCACUUAAAAUAUCAUAUGAUUGUAUGCCGAUACAACUUAAAAGAUGCUUCCAAUACCUGUCCAUAUUUCCCAAAGACACAAGUUUAGAUUCAGAAGAAAUAGUCCGAUUAUGGAUGUCACAAGGUCUUCUUCCUCUUGAUGGAGAUAUGAGAGCUGAGGACAUAAGCAGAAAUUACAUAAAAAGAUUGGUUGAGAGGUCAAUGUUAAAUUCUGUAGAGAUCAAUGUAGACUCCUCUUUUGUGAUGCAUGAUCUUGUUCACGACCUUGCACAAUAUAUAACUCAAGAUGAAUGCCUCUGUGUGAUGGAUAACAAAUUCGACGCAAAGAAAUUACAAAAAAUUCGACACUUGUCGGUGAGCGUAAAAUAUCCUCAUCUACUAAAACCCCUGGAGACAAUAAAAGAUCUUCAACAACUAAAACUCAUGCGGACACUUUUUAUUACAGGACCUGGGUGGCCAUAUUUUAUGAUAAGACAAUACAAUUUUUUUAAAGUCCUUGACGAUCUUUUUCAAAAAUUGAAAUACAUACGAGCACUCCAUUUAAGCAAGAUCGACAUCACAAAGCUACCAGAUUCAUUGGGCAAUCUCAAACUGCUUCGUUACCUUUCCAUACGGAGUGCUAAAAUAAGGAUGCUUCCAGAGUCCAUAUGCAACCUUUACUACUUGCAAACUCUAGAUCUGAUAGCGACAAAUGUUCAUGAAUUCCCAAGGAAGAUUGGAAAUUUAAUAAGCCUACGUCAUCUUUUGCUUCCUUACCAUUAUAAAGGUGCCUUUUUUCCAUCUGGAAUUGGAAACAUGACCAACUUGCAGACACUCAGACGCUUCAACGUCAGUUGUGAAAAAGAGCAUUGCGACAUAGGAGAAUUGAAUAGUUUGAUGAAACUUGGAGGGCAUAUCUCCAUUUAUAAUGUAGCAUCCGUGAACAUAUUUUCAAACUCAAAACCCCCUCUGAAGACAAAAAUGUAUAUUGAUUCUUUGGAGUUACGUUGGUUUGCUUUUGACUGUUCCAAAAAAGAUGAAAAGAAUGCAGAGUGGCAGCUCCAGUACUUAGAACCGCAUGUCAAUCUCAAGACCCUUCAAAUAUUCUUCUAUCCGGGUGUCAGUUUUGUUGGAUGGGUGGGCUCUUCAUCCUUCAUUAAGUUGACCUCUUUGAGUCUAAAUAGUUGUAACAAUUGCAAUAAACUUCCACCGUUGGGUCAACUUCCUUCUCUGGAAGAGCUUGAGAUAUCUAGGAUGGAUGGCAUUCGACAUGUGGGACGUGAAUUUUGCUCCAUUCUAAUGGCAUCUCCAUCUUCUUCCCAAAACAAAAUUGCAUUUCCCUCUCUAAAAGACUUGAUAUUCAGAGAUAUGACAAAUUGGGAAGAGUGGGAUGGAGUGGAGAUUGGUGAUUUCCCCAGUAUCCAUUCUAUUAAACUUUAUGGAUGUCCUAGGCUGAUCAAGUUUCCCCAGUGGCCCUUUAUGUCUUCCGUGAAAAAAAUGACAUUGGAUAGUGGUGGUGUACCUGAUGUUUCAUGUUUCCCUUCACUGAAACAUUUAGAAAUUAUAGUCAGAACUCAAGAAUAUAGUGAGGUGAUGUCCAAGUGUUACUUUCCAACGCUCCAACACUUGAUAUUAUCAUAUAGCAAAGUGGAAUCUAUUCAUUUAUCACAGAGACGACUACCUUCACUGAAGACUUUAAAGAUUCAUGAUUCUAAAGAAUUGAGGGUCGUUACAGGGUUAAAGAAUCUCACCUCCUUGAAUUCUUUAAUUAUAGAAGAAUGCCCUAAUCUUGAGUUUGAGGAGUUGCCAGCCACCCUCGCACAAGUGCAGCUCUACAGGUGUCGUUUGUUCAAGAAAGGGUUCAAAGAACAAAAGCAUAUGCGCAAUGUCUUGGGAGAGGAAGAGGAGGAGAUAGAAAAUCUUCUGGAUUUUCUACUUUGGAUUGCUGAAGAGGAUGACAACAAUGAUGGUGGAGAGGAUAUGCGCAAUGAGGGAGAGGAAGAGGACAUGGAGAUAGAUCUGGAGUUACGACUUUGGAAUGAUUGAGAGGAUGACAACAACGAUGAUGAUAACUUGGAUGAAUGAUCACAAGGAUGACAGAGCACAAUGGCAGCAACAUAGAAGGAUGAUGAAGAUAGAAGAGAUUAUGGAGUCAAACAGUAUGCAAAUACCGACGAUUGGAUUGAGGAAGUGGAUGACAAGAGGGUUGAUGAUAACAUGGUCAUGGAUGAAUGAUCAUAAGGAUGACAAAGAGCAUAAUGGUAGCAACAUAGAAGGAUGAUUCUUAAUAUUGAGAAGGGAUUCUUAUAUAUCGUCAGGAUCCAUUUUUUUUUCAAUCAUUUUUUUAUUUUAAUUGGAAUAUAUGUUUAGGAUUUACAUAUAAAAAAAUUAUGAUAUAACUUAAUACA